AUGGGGCAUAAAGUAUCUGUCGUACGCGGUGUCAAAUCAGAUCAUUUCUACAACCAACAGAACGGUAUCAACGAGAUCUGGGUUGGCGACGUCGAAGUCAUCUCACGCCUCCCCUUCGGUGAUUCCGAUCAAGAACAAUCCAGCUGGCCUCCCGGGGGAGUUCCAAAAAUACCGUGGCAUCACUUCAUCAUUCCACUCCACAAAAGAGACGAUCUCGGCAAUAUGGCUUCCCAAAAUACGUCGGGCGAAUACUCUACCUGCGCCUGUGAUAUCCCGCUUCCUACAACUGGAUAUGCCGGCAUGUAUUCUGGGAUGCAUCCUCAGUUGGCUUAUCUUCUGGGGGUGUGUUUUCUCUGCGUAUCACUGUCGUUUUUUCAGGACUGCUACGCCAAAUCCGAACGUUUCCUCAGGGUCUACGAAACCCUCUCCGGUGCAAAGGAAAUUCCAAACGAUAAGGAACAAUUGCUAGUGUCAGAGCCAUCGGUUAUUGGAGGCUGGCUUGGACUUGAUGUGGAUACAAUGCUCUGCAAGCUGAGGCGCCUGUGUUCACGGUCUGCUCUCUCGCUCGCUCUUUCGAUCUUUUUCUUCUUCAUGGGACUUCCUGCUUUUGCAGCGGGCUCCGAAAACGCUGUAGCGGUUGCUUUCAUCAUUUCCAAAGGAGUUGGCGUUUCUGUUGGGUACAUCGGUAUUUACGUCGUCUUGCUUCUCUUCAUGGUAGGCAGGUUGGUGUACCUGACCAGGAAGUUGAGGUAA